UUUGGAAACAAAAACUUGAUUUAGUGCUAUUUUUGUCUUUUUCUCUUUUUGAAAAUAUAAAAUUGGUUUUCUUUUUUAUUAAAAUAAAAGAAAUAUUUUGUGUUUAAAGAUGAUCGGACGGUUAGUGUAAGAGGGAUACGAGGGAUACGAGGUUGAUCUAACGGUUCCAGAAUUAUUAGAACAUUAUCCCGCUGGAUUGCUAAGACCAUGAAUAUCGCUGGUGCUUAAGGGGUCCUUAAUGAAAUAAGCUCAUUUAAUUAAAUGUAAAGUAAAAUAAAAGGAAAUAAUCGAUCCUUGAUUAUGCAUUUUGGGAACCGAAUUUAAAGGGUGUUUUCUUCUACUUGUCAGACUGAAACAGCCUCUGUUUUUUUUUUCAUUUUUCUUUUCUCUCAUUUUGUCUGUCGUUUUCUCUUCUGUUUUCGUUUUCUCCGCAAGCGAUCGACGACUCUGUCGAUGCUGUCGACCUCUCCUCCGUCUUCUAUCCUCUUCACCGUCAGAUCAACGAUGACAACCCACCACGAUCGACGAGUCUCUCGGUUCUCACGGCGUUGCCUCUGUCUUCUCUCAUCUUCGCCGUCAGAGAAACGGUGGAAACCCACCACGAUCGACGACUCUCGGAGACUUGACGGCGACUCCUCCAUCUUCUGUCGUCUUCGGUGUCAGAGAAACGAUGGAGAGGGCGACGACUCUCUCGGUCUACUCACGGCGUCGCCUCUGUCUUCUCUCAUCUUCGCCGUCAGAGGAACGGUGGAAACCCACCACGAUCGACGACUCUCGGAGACUUGACGGCGACUCCUCCGUCUUCUGUCGUCUUCGGUGUCAGAGGAACGAUGGAGAGGGCGACAACUCUGUCGGUCUACUCCGUCGCUCUUUCAGAUGGCUCUCAUGUUCUAUUCAACUUCCAGAUCAACUACCCAAGUAGUGUGAGGAAGAUUUCUCUAUCUGCUAUUCUGGAGAGGAAGAAGUCUCCCAACAGACUCUAUCGGUUUUGAUUGAUCAUAUGUCUAAAGUUCAAAGGUGAUUUAAUUAGGUGUUAUGAAUAUGAAGACACUUGUUUUUAAUUAUAUGGUUCUUUGUUACACUGUGUGCUUUGCUAAUUUGGUUUGCAUUGAUGAAUCAUGCGAGGAAGGAAAGAUCAGAAUGCACAAAUUAGUGAGAACUUGAGGAGUGAAACACAGGAGGCGUAUCAAAACCGGUAGCUCUCAAGUCAUCUCAACGCCACUCUUCAAGCUCUUGGAGGCGUAUCACCCUCUCUCGGUUAGAAGUUUAACCUUCACCACGCUUGGGAGGAACUGCGGCAUGACCAAAAGUGGUGUGAGCUUACAACAAGUAAGAGGGAUCGCUAGGAAAAGAAAGUGUGAGGAUGGAGCACAAUCAGCCAGCUCCCAAGCAACUGUCGAUCUUGAUGAUGAAGCAACGAAACGUCCUCCUGGUGUGAAUGCAGCGAAAGCAGCAUCUGGUAAGAGAAAUGUGGUAGAUCAGCAGGCUGCCUCUCAGUUUCAGACCAUGUGGUCUAUUAGAGAGAAAGACUUGGCUGUGAAAGAAAGACUCUCGAAGAUGGGUUUGCUAGAGAGGCUCAUUGGCAAAAAUGAACCACUAUCUGAAUUUGAAGAAGCGCUUAAGCAGAAGCUAAUAACAGAGAUGUUGGGUUAAUGUUCUGUUUGAUGUCUACAAACUAGUGUCUUUGGUUAAAUUUUCGGUUUGAUGUUCUGUGUAAUGGUCUGUUUCAUGUUCUGUUUAACAUCUAUCUGUAAAAUAUUGUAUGCUUCAAUGUUAAAUGUGAAAUGCUCUGUUUUAUUUAUUUGCUUGCCACAUCCUUGUUUCCUUAUAUAUUUGAGAUCACUGAUGCAUUUACAUGAACUAUGUUGAACAUUGGGUUGACUCACUGAUGUAUUUACAUGUAUAUGAUUGUAGGACCAUUUGAAGCAUAGACACAGAGGCAAGAGAAGUCACGAGAUGCACGAGAUGUCAUGUUCGGUUUGGCAAGAGAAGUCACGACAGGUUAUGUUUGUAUGUAUGUGUCACGAGAUUGUUUUUGGACGUGCAUGAGAGUCAAUGGUUUUAUUUGUAUGCAUGUUUUGGUCACGAGAUGUUCUACUUGUCUGCAUGUUUUGGUCACGAGAUUAUCCACGGUUUUGGACGUGCAUGUCACGAGAUAAUGCAUGAUUUCAGUCACGAGAUUAUCUAUGUUUUUGUAUGUUUAGGACAAAACAACUCCUCUUACUCUAUAUAAAGUUAUUCAUGAUACAAGAUUUCAAAACCACUUCUCUCGAUCAAAAUUAAAAAUCACACAAGAUUUUAAAGUCACUCCUCUCAAUCAAGAUUUCACUCUCCCAUUUUUUCUUAUUUGCUCAACUUCUUCACUUCUUUACUACGUUCACAUUAUUCAACAUUUUGAUCCUUCUUCACUCUCACGUUUGAAAAACCGUCCUUCACUCUCACAUUUUGAUCCUUCUUCCGCAAAACACUUUUUUACAUUUUCAUCACAUAUAUGGCUUCAUCUUCUAAUAACAAUUUUGAGGGAGUAGAUGAUGAAAGUUUUGAUCAAUAUUUUGAUCAACAUUUUGAACAAACAUUCGAGAAUUUGGCGGAAAAUUAUGGUAAUCAACAAGAAGAAAGGAAAAGAAGGAAAAAACGAAUUCAUAUCGAAAGAAAUCGUGAAGAAGACGAUCUACGUUUAUGGAAUGAUUAUUUCAGUGAAACUCCAACAUAUCCUGAAAAUCUAUUCCGAUGACGAUUUAGAAUGAACAAGAGAUUGUUCAUGCGUAUUGUUGAUCGACUCUCCAAUGAUGUUGAAUUCUUUCGACAAAAGAAAGAUGCUCUCGGAAGGCUUAGUCUCUCUCAACUUCAGAAGUGUACAACAGCCAUACGUGUCUUGGCCUAUGGUUCUGCGGCUGAUGCUGUUGACGAAUACCUCCGACUCGGUGCCACGAUAGCUCGGUUGUGUGUGGAACAUUUUGUGGAAGGAAUAAUAUAUUUAUUCGGCGAUGAGUACCUCAGAAGACCAACACCAACUGAUCUUCAACGUCUACUUUAUAUUGGUGAGCAACGUGGCUUUCCUGGGAUGAUAGGGAGCAUCGAUUGUAUGCAUUGGGAGUGGAAGAAUUGUACCACCGCUUGGAAAGGUCAAUAUUCACGUGGUUCGGGUAAACUCACAAUCGUGUUAGAGGUGGUUGCUUCGUAUGAUUUAUGGAUAUGGCAUGCGUUUUUUGGACCUCCAGGUACCUUAAAUGAUAUCAGUGUUCUUGAUCGCUCACAUGUUUUUGAUGACAUAAUAAAAGGUCAAGCUCCGCAAGUUACUUUCUCUGUCAAUGGAAAAGAGUAUCAUUUGGCUUACUAUCUCACCGAUGGUAUUUAUCCGAAAUGGGUAACUUUUAUCCAAUCUAUUCCAAUACCACAAGGUCCGAAAGCGGCUUUAUUUGCUCAACAUCAAGAAGUUGUCCGAAAAGAUGUCGAGCGUGCUUUUGGAGUCUUGCAAGCUCGAUUUGCCAUUGUUAAAAAUCCCGCACUUUUUUGGGAUAAAGCCAAAAUUGGAAAGAUUAUGCGAGCAUGUAUCAUACUCCAUAAUAUGAUAGUAGAAGACGAACGAGAUGGAUACACUCAUUUUGAUGUUUCAGAGUUCCAACAAAGAGUAGACACCGGAACUCCACAUGUCGAUCUCACGUAUUCUGCAGAUAUACUUUCAAAUAUCGCCAAUAUGAUGGGUGUUCGAACUAGAAUUCGUGAUAGACAAAUGCAUCAACAGCUCAAAGCUGAUUUGGUUGAACAUAUAUGGCGUAAAUUUGGACGUGCUGGAGACAACUACUGAGCUCAGAUGUUUUUCCAAAUUAUUCUCGAUUAUUGUACUAGUCUUUAUUUUUAUGUUUUUUUUUUAAAAAAAUAUAUGUUUUAAAUGUUAUCUUUUAAUAUGUUUGAAUUAAUAAAUAAAUUUUAUCUUUAAAAAAAAAAAAAAAAUUUUAAGAAUCCCUUAUUAAGAAACUCUCAUUGGAACGUUCCAAAUGGGAAUUUCUUAACUAUGGUUCUAAACUCCAUUUAAGUACAUUUAAAAUAUUAAAUAAUCAUUAAGAAUCACGCUUAAGAUCAAGGGAUAAACAUGCUGACAUGGGUGAAGGCGAUAAGUUGGUAACUGUGAUAGGCCUAGUAACUGAUAAUGUUGUGUAAUUUACGACUUUCUCCCUGAAUUUGAACUUUAUAAGAAAAUAAAUAAUUCGGUGGUUUGGUUCACUAAAGUAAAAACGUGUCGAGUUAUCAAUAGACGCAAAGGGGAAAAAAGCAAUGAGAACCAAAAGAUGAGGCCCAUUAGUGUGUAGUUCGAGAGCCCAUAAGUUUUAAGAAUGCGAAUAAAGGGAUUUACUCGUAUUAAGAACAACAUAGAUCAAACAAAUCAUGUGAAUUCAAUUACUCACAAGUCACAAAUAAAACCAAUUCGCUCUCUACCUCCCCUCCACCAAAAAAAAAAACCAAUGAAGAUACAAACGUGAAAACAUAAUCAGA